AUGGCAGCUCAACAUCAACCAUCACUAUGGUAUGCACAUAUUGUUAAUUUUCUGGUUUCUGGAAAAACUCUAGAACAGUGGGAAAAGAACAGAAAACAUCAUUUCUUUUCUAAGAUUAGAAAUUAUUUUUGGCAUGAUCCUGAUUCAUAUUACUUGGGCAAUGAUCAAAUUUUAAGGAGAUGUGUUCCUGAAGAAGAAUAUCAUAGCAUUAUUAACAUGUGCCAUUCAUCUAACUGUGGAGUACAUUUCUCUGGACGAAAAACAGCUGCAAAAAUUUUUCAGUGUGGUUUUUAUUGGCCUACAAUCAUUAGAGAUUCUAUAGAAUUUAGUAGAACAUGUAUUUCAUGCCAAUCUAUAGGUAACAUGAGUAAAAAAGAUAAAAUGCCCAUGAGUAACAUGUCAAUAGUCGAAAUUUUUGAUGUAUGGGGAAUAGAUUUCAUGGGUCCCUUCCCAUCAGCUGAAAAAUAUGAAUAUAUUUUGCUUGCUGUUGAUUAUGUGUCGAAGUGGGUGGAAGCUAUUCCUACUAGAACUAAUGAUCAUAAAAUCGUGAUGAAAUUUGUGUAG